GCGCGCCGGGCACGGGCGGCGGCCUCCCGCCGGGCUGCAUGGGCGCCGCGCCGUCCAGAGAGGGGGCCUGGUCUCCGCGGCUGCGCGUGGGUUGCUACCCCGGGCUGCGGGACGAGCCUGUCUACGGCGCGCUCCGCAACAGCCUGUACGGGCGCGGGCGUGGACGUGCUCGCCGCUCGUCAGGUGGUCGAUGUGGCGCUCAUGUACUCGGAGGACGCAGUGGCGCACGCGGCUGCCAAUCGGCUCCUGCGCAUCUGCGGUACCCUCGCAGCGGCGCCGAGGCGAUUCGUCCUGCUGGCCCCCGUCGCCACGCUGCCCUCAUGCCGCCGUGCCACGGACACGGUCGGCGUGGCCGCCGGGCUGUGUCCGAGGCUCGCGCUGGCGCUGCUGGGCGACGAGCUGGGGUGGGGCAGGGCGCCUCCAGCCGUGGCGGAGAUGAGCUCCGCGGCGGAGGCACUGGACGCAAUGCUGUGGAGCAGGGAGGCGCAGGCCGUCCUGUGGGAGGACUCGCCGGCCCUGCGCUCGCUGGCGGAGGGCACCUGCGACGUCCUGACGGAGGUGUCCUGCCCGUGGCCGACGCACCUGCUCGUGGCCAGCGCCGAGGCGUGCCGCCGCAAGAUGGGCUGCGUGCGGGAGGUUGUCGGCCACACGUCGCUCCUGUGCGAAGAGUUCAAGGCGAACGUGCAGAACGGCGCGGUCGACCGUCUCAGCCAGGGCCACGGCCUGUCUCAGCAGGACGCCCUCGAUCGGGGGGCUGGCGCGUCUCCUUGCCGCCGGCGAGUGGAGCUGCUCUGGCGGGGUGGACGAGUCCACGGCCCAGCAGCUGCUGGGGCUGCUGGUGAGGCUCGGCCAUCUGCCCGCGGAGAGCCUCGAGCUGCCCGCGCGGAGCCUGUUGGCGCCAGGUGCUUGCCGGUGGGGCGGCCAAGUGCGCGGCGGCGAUUGCGGGGAGGAGGCGUCUGGGGGAGACCCGCAGGCGCCGCUGCUCCCAGCGGCCCGGGCCGCCGGCUGCUCCGGCGGCCGCUGCGGGCCAGCGGUGCCAGAAUUCGGGCGUGA